AUGAGAUUCUCCAUCUCCGCGUCUGUUCUCGUCCUCCUCGGUGUGGCCAGUGGGCUUCCAACUGAGCUUGAGGCUCGAGUUCCGUCCAAUGCGCCCAUCAACCUUCAUAAUGGCCCCGAUUCCUCUGGCUCAUUCAAGUGCGGAGACAAGACUUACAGCGGGCAUGAAAUUUACCUUGCUGCUCAACGAGGCACCAACCUCCACCUCGUGGGCGAAACUCGCGGCCGAAACCAAUACCCACACCCGUUCCCCAACGACGACUCCAAGGGGGUUAAGCUCAACUUUCCCAAGGACUGUCCCGCGGAUGACAGCCGUUAUGAGUUCCCACUUAUGAAUGGAAGCCCGUAUGACGGCGGAAAGAACAAUGUCAAGCAGGGCGAUGAGAGGGUUGUCUUCUACUACGAGGAUGGCGAAAUCAGCUACGAUGGAAACCCACAGGUUUAUUAUUGUGGUAUCAUGACGCACAAGGGGGCUGCUACGGCAAAAAUGCAGUUCGCUACCAUCAUCGCUCUCCUGGCCCCUCUGGCUCUCGCCGAGACCUGGAACCUGUCCGGAACCUGCAAGAGCGACCUCACCUGCGAUGUCGACACCCAGUACACCAGCCCUCAGCUCGUCUGCGGCAACAACAACGGACACUUCUCCGGCGAGGGCAACCAGGGCAAGACCAGCUGCACUCCCGUGGGAACCAAGUGCACCUACGUCUGGACCUGCUAA